AUGGCUGGAGUUGGGACAAAUAAGCAAAAAGGAUUUGAGAUAACUGAUGAUAAGGUACUUAUAUAUAAAGGUAGAAUAUGUGUUCCUAAAGAUGAAGGAUUAAGGAAAGAAAUUCUCGAAGAAGCACACUCUACCGCUUAUACGGCACAUCUAGGCGGUACAAAAAUGUAUCUAGACCUUCGAAAUAUAUUUUGGUGGAGAAAUAUGAAAAGAAAAAUAGGACUUUUUAUACUCGAAGAUAUGUUAAGAGCUUGUGUACUAGUUCUCAGUGGUAGCUUGGAAUCACACUUGCCUUUAGUAGAAUUUGCCUAUAACAAUAGUUUUCAAGCAACUAUAGGCAUGGCACCUUACGAGGCACUAUAUGGUAGGAAGUGCAGAUCACCUAUCUGCUGGGAUGAGGUUGGAGAGAGAAAGAUUCUUGGACCUGAGAUCAUAGACCGAACAGUACACGUUGUGGAAAAGAUUCGAGACAGAGUUAAGGUUGCUCAAAACAGGCAAAAAAGCUAUGUCGAUAGAAGAAGAAAAGAUCUCGAGUUCCAAAUUGGUGACAAAGUAUUUCUGAAAGUAGCUCCAAUGAAGGAAAUACUUAGAUUUGGAAAGAAAGGAAAAUUGAAACCAAAAUUCAUUGGACCAUUCGAUGAUCCUUGUCAUGUGAUCAACCAUCAAAAUUUAGAAGUACAACAUGAUUUAACCUAUGGAGAAAUGCUAUUGAGGAUAUUAGAAAGAAAGAUUCAUGCACUGAGAAAUAAGGAAAUUCCCUUAACCAAGAUUUUGGUCGAAGCAAAUCAUGUGGAAUUUGAAUUCUUUAAUUGA